AUCGUUAAGUCGACAGUGAUACCGUGAAGGGUUUAAAUUCCUGACGACAUCGAUUUAAAAAAAGACUUCAUUCCUCUCCCCGGCUUUGUGUACACGCAGUUAUGCAGGGUGUUGGUAUGAUGGACAGGGCUGUGCUGUACGUCGUUUUGUUAAGUUUUGUGUUCUACCAUGCCGAGUGUCAUAUGUCCCUCACGUUUCCUCCCGCCAGGAAAUAUGCGCUAGAUUUCUUGGAUAAUAUUAGAACAACAGGACCGUGCGGCAUUCCAAAAGGACUUGGGCCUUCCACAACACUGAUUACUGGUGCGACGAUCAAUGUGACCUGGCAUUUAGCUUAUCCACACAGAGGAGGUUACCAGCUGAACCUGCUAGAUGACAACGAAGAGUCUAUUUAUAAUCUCACUGUAGGGGAUGAUUUCAUCGGAUCUAGUGACCCCACACGGCGCUACCACGAAGUCACCUUGCCAGCCGUGGAGUGUUCAAACUGUUCCUUACAGCUACUCCGACAGGCAGCGGAAUGGAGUGCCGGAAAUUGUGGGCAGUACAUAUUCUGGUCAUGCGCAGACAUCAAUAUUAUCUCCACUGCUCCAGGAACAGAUCUAUGUAAUGGGUUUCCUUUGGAGAAUGGAGAAUGUGUUUGUAAGAAGCCAUACAGUGGGUCCAAGUGCCAAUACAAAGAUGACUGUGAAACUGAUGCUGACUGCUCUGGACACGGGGAGUGUACGACUUCAGAGGGUUUCUACCAGAGAAAACAUUGUUUUUGUGACAUGGGCUACUUUGGAAAAACAUGUGAACGAGAAUCUGCUGUAAAGUCAUUCACUUUGGACAUGUCUAAAUACACACACACUGAUCUCUCGCCUCGAUAUCAGCUGCUACACAGAAUUCUACACAGAGAAGAUGAAAUAGAGGUGGUCCUAAAAGUGAAGACAAACACCUGGGUUGGGAUCGGAUGGAGACCAACAGGUUUCAGAUCUGGAUGUCAACACUUUCCCUAUCUUCCUGGUUAUAUUCCUGGAGCAAAUGAUUCCAACGGUACAGCAGAACCGGAAGUCACCUCAGAACCGGAAGUCACGCCAGAGCCAACCCACUGUGAAGGAAGUCACAAAUCAUGUGACCAAGCCAACUGUCCUCACGAACUUACUUGGAUUCAAUAUCCUAAUACAGAUGAGAUUACGUUUACUAUGACUGCAGAUAUAUCUGACACUGAAUGGCUGGCGGUUGGGUUUUCAAGUGAUAAAAAUAUGCCCAACACGGACGUGUAUCUCGGCUCCGUGGAUUCAUCGAAUACAGUGGUUCUCACAGACAGGUUUGCCACGUCAAAAUCAGAGCCAACCAUUGACCAAACCCAGAACAUCUACAAUGUAUCAGGAAGCCGUGUAAACGGGAAGACAUCGAUUACUUUUACCCGGAAAUUGAACACUGGGGACCAAAAAGACUUCCCUCUGUCCAAUGGGAAUUGCUGGCACUUCAUUCAAGCUUGGGGUGGAUCCUAUGACAAGACAAAUGGGAAGGCUAGCUAUCACAAACAAAAAGUAGUGUCUGGUAGCAAGAUUUGUAUAAACACCUGUGAGCCAAAAACUACUGCUGAACCAGAGUCAACAGCUGAACCAGAGUCAACAGCUGAACCAGAAUCCACUGCUGAACCAGAGUCAACAGCUGAACCAGAAUCUACUGCUGAACCAGAGUCAACAGCUGAACCAGAAUCUACUGCUGAACCAGAAUCCACUGCUGAACCAGAGGCAACCUCUGAACCAGAACCUGAGCCAACAGGAACGUGUGGAAGAGGGGUGUUUGCUGGUAACAGUGACACAACUGGAAAUGCACCCCAUCCGAUGGAUUGCACUGAUAUGAUUAUUGGUGCUGCACGGGGAAUGCGCAGUCGUGUUGGGGAUUACUAUACAAGAGGGAGAUCUUCUCCACAGAGAGACGAAUUCUACGGCGGCUCAGAAAGUUUAACGUCUGCUGGCGGGUUUGAAAGAGAUGGCUAUACCUAUAUUAUAAUCCGGAGGAAACUGAAAGCCACUGAAAGGACUGAUUAUAACAUAAGCGAUGAUUUCAUGCACGUGAUCUGGGCACAGGGACAGGACACAGGAAAUUACAUCCACCGUCCCCAAACAGGGAUAGAUGUUGUGUCGACUGCAUCAGACCCAAACUUCUACAAACCAGAUGAACUGAAAUACCACGGGCAUAAUGACCACAGAGGAGUGAAGACGAUGAAUUUCUUUGAUGGGAACAGAGAAAACACACAGCCUCCUUUGAAAUGCAAUAACCAAUGGGGGCGAUGUUCCGGAAACAGUGAUGUUAACUGUUUCCUUGUCACGUGGACUUACGACUCCAGUCAGAUUACAUUUACAAUAAAGGCCUAUUUAGACAGGAACCAGUGGGUCGGAAUAGGAUUCAAUAAGAAACAGGCUAUGGCAGGAGCUGACAUAAUUGUGGGAUGGAGAACUGAAAAUGGUGACACUGUUAUUCAAGAUAGAAAGGCGUUUUCCUAUUAUGGCGAGCCACCAUUGGAUAGCCAACAAAACGUUACCUUGAUAUCAAGUGCAAGAGUAGAUUCAGUCACAACUUUGACCUUUAGUCGACCUCUGGUGGCAAGUGACGAGAAUGAUUUGUCUCUGUCAUAUAAUUGUGCUUAUUUCAUCUUUGCCAAGGGUGGAACUUACACCAGCAGUAAUGGCAUAGGGAAACAUGCCAGCACCCCCAUCAUAUCCAACAAAGAGAUCUGUGUACCUUGCACUGAGGAUAAUGAAAUAACUACAGAACCUCCUCAACAGUGCAAGGACCGGUCUAACUGGGGACAAUGUUCAGGAAAUAAUGAUGUCAACUGUUUCAAUGUCACAUGGACUUAUGACACCAGUCAGAUUACAUUUACAAUAAAGGCCUAUUUGGAAAGGAAUCGAUGGGUUGGCAUUGGAUUCAAUGACAAAAAAGCAAUGGCCGGUAGUGAUGUAAUUGUGGGAUGGAGAACAGAAAGUGGUAGUACCGUUAUUCAAGACAGAAAGGCGAAUGGCUAUAGCGAACCAGUUCUGGAUAGCCAACAAAACGUUACCUUAAUAUCCAGUGCUAGAGUGGAUUCCAUCACAACUUUGAUGUUUAGUCGACCUCUGGUGGCAAGCGACGGAAAUGAUUUCUCUCUUUCGAAUAACUGUGCUUAUUUCAUCUUUGCCAAAGGCGGAACCUACACCAGCAGUAAUGGAAUAACAUACCAUGACAACACCCCUAUCAUAUCUAAUGAGAAGAUAUGUGUACCCUGCACUACAGAUAAUGAAAUAACUACAGAACCUCCCCAACAGUGCAAGGACCGGUCUAAUUGGGGACAAUGUUCAGGAAAUAAUGAUGUCAACUGUUUCAAUGUCACAUGGACUUACGACACCAGUCAGAUUACAUUUACAAUAAAGGCCUAUUUGGAAAGGAAUCGAUGGGUUGGCAUUGGAUUCAAUGACAAAAAGGCAAUGGCCGGUAGUGAUGUAAUUGUGGGAUGGAGAACAGAAAGUGGUAGUACCGUUAUUCAAGACAGAAAGGCGAAUGGCUAUAGCGAACCAGUUCUGGAUAGCCAACAAAACGUUACCUUAAUAUCCAGUGCUAGAGUGGAUUCCAUCACAACUUUGACGUUUAGUCGACCUCUGGUGGCAAGUGACGAAAACGAUUUCUCUCUUUCGAAUAACUGUGCUUAUUUCAUCUUUGCCAAAGGCGGAACCUACACCAGCAGUAAUGGAAUAACAUACCAUGACAACACCCCUAUCAUAUCUAAUGAGAAGAUAUGUGUACCCUGCACUACAGAUGACAAUUCAGCAACAAGCACCCCGGCACCAAGAGAAAUUCGAGGUGAAUUCAGGAUCAUUAAUACUGUUUGGAACUCUAAAUUGGAAGACAACACAAGUCCGGAAUUCAGGCAGUUGUCCGACAAACUGCAUCGAUCUCUCACUACGCUGCUUAGCACCAUACAGGGAUUCCUGGAUGUAAGAAUAAUUAAAUUCAGUGAGGGUAGCGUGAUCGUGGAGUAUGACAUCAUCAUGACUGGCGAUGAGGCAGCGGCUAAACAGGGGGCGACUACUGCUGUACAGAGGCUGAAAGACCAGGGUCAACUUGAUGAAUUUACGCUGGAUAAAGAAAGCAUCAAGCUAGUCCAACCAGCAGUUCCGGAAGACGAAGAUAAAUCACUUCCUGUUGAGUUAAUCCUGAUCAUCGCAAUCUCUAGCGCUGGUGUCCUCUUGAUCCUCGUUCUGGGCACCUGUAAUUGUGUCCGAACCCGAAAAAAUAAUAAAGGGAAUGAUCUGACACAAAUUCCGUACCAUCAUCCAAGUUCUGCAUCUAAAAUAUCUUAUGAUGAAUGGUCACAGCAGCAACAAUAUGACAAUCCCGCCUAUAAUGGUUACCAUGACGACAAGGGUCAGACCAAGGAAACUGGAAACGGUAGCCACAACAAUGGUGGUCAACGUAAAGAAACCGGGUCCUUCAUUCGACCCUACGUGGCAUAAUAAGAUUCAUCUAUGUUUCUAUUUACAUGCAAUAUAAACUGCCAAAUCAUCAGGGUUGUAGCGUUAAUUGUUAAGUGUGCUACAAAUUGCAUGCUACAGACAUGCUGUUCUUAGCUGCUAACUUGGUUUAUGAUAGAUGCAUUUUGUAUAUCAUAUAUAUAUAUUGUUAUUUACAAUGUACAUGUAUACGCAAUGAGAUAAUUUUUUUCACUUGUUCUGGGUGCCAUAAAGAGAUAAAAGAUCAAAUGAUGUAUUGCUAUUCUCAGCGUACUGGGGAGGAAUAUAUACCAGUACAUGUAAUACUCUUUAUAUAUACAGUAAUAGGCAAAUGAUACAUACCUUUCAAGGAAUAAAUGUCAAGAUUUAAAUUAUUAUUAUUUUUUUUAUAAAUAUAUAUUUUUUAAUGUUAUUUCAAAAAGUACAUGAAUACAUAUAUUAAAUGCGUAUCUGAGUACAUUUAGUCAGUACAGAUUGAUAAUUUGCUAUAUAUUUCAUGUGUCAUUGUAGCUCUACUGAGUACAUUCAGUCAGUACAGAUUGAUAAUUUGUAGCUCUAUUUUUUUUUAAGAAAGAAAGAAGUUUGUAUUAUUGAUGGUAUUAAACAUUGGAAACAAAGGAUAAUUUGUAUUGGCAUCAUUUUUUUUUUUUUUUUACAUUUAUUCUGU